GCUUUGUGGCUGGACCGAGCAACGCGGCAACGGAGUCGACUUGAAGGAAACUUUUGAGGAUCUCUUCCCCGCCAUGGCGUCGUCUUUGGCCGACGUGAGCUGGAAAAUGCUGGAACUGAGAGCCCGCAGCAAGCGCUCAGUUUAGCCUGAAACGUUUGUGAUAAGGUGCAACAGCUUGAAAUGGCCGGUUUGGAUGCUGACAGAGCCGCCUCUGCUCGUGCUUACUCCUGGUUUGAUGGCAGAUUUCCUGGUUCUGUAUAUGAACCUCUCAAAAGCAUCAAUCUACCAAGGGAUGGAGAAAGUCUGUGGGAUAGACUAGACCAUUACUACCGAAUAGUCAAAUCAACAGUAUUGCUUUUCCAAAGCCCGACCACUGGUCUUUUCCCCACAAAAACCUUUGGUGAAAACCAGAAGGCCAAAGUGCAUGACAGCCUUUACUGUGCUGCUGCUGCCUGGGCGUUGGCCCUUGCCUACAGGCGCAUUGAUGAUGACAAGGGAAGGACCCAUGAGCUGGAGCAUUCUGCUAUAAAAUGCAUGCGAGGAAUUCUCUACUGCUACAUGCGCCAGGCUGAUAAGGUUCAACAAUAUAAGCAAGACCCCAAGCCAUCGAAAUGCUUGCAUUCAGUUUUCAGCGCCCACACAGGGGACGAGGCCUUUUCACAUAAGGAAUAUGGACAUCUUCAGAUAAAUGCUGUGUCAUUAUUCCUCCUCUAUCUGGUUGAGAUGAUAUCAUCUGGUCUGCAGAUUAUCUACAAUACAGAUGAGGUGUCCUUCAUACAGAACCUUGUAUUUUGUGUUGAAAGAGCUUAUCGGGUGCCAGAUUUUGGUGUGUGGGAAAGAGGAAGCAAAUACAACAAUGGAAGCACUGAACUGCAUUCCAGUUCUGUUGGAUUAGCAAAAGCAGCCCUAGAAGCAAUUAAUGGAUUCAACCUCUUCGGCAAUCAGGGUUGUUCAUGGUCUGUCAUAUUUGUAGACCUUGAUGCCCACAAUCGGAACAGGCAGACUCUUUGUUCCUUGCUUCCUCGAGAAUCAAGGUCUCAUAACACUGAUGCUGCUCUCCUGCCCUGUAUUAGCUAUCCUGCAUUCGCUGUGGAUGAUGAAGCCUUGUAUAGCCAAACGAUUGACAAGGUGGUUAGAAAGCUAAAAGGCAAAUACGGAUUCAAAAGAUUUUUGAGAGAUGGCUAUAGGACUGCAUUGGAGGACAAAAAUCGGCAGUACUACAAACCAGCAGAAAUUAAGCUCUUUGAUGGAAUUGAGUGUGAAUUUCCUCUAUUUUUCAUUUUUAUGAUGAUUGAUGGUGUCUUCAGAGGUAAUACUGAACAAGUCAAAGAAUAUCAGGAGCUUCUGGAUCCCAUACUGCAGCAAUCGGCGGAAGGCUAUCCUGUUGUGCCAAAAUAUUAUUAUGUGCCAGCUGAUUUUGUUGAACUGGAAAAGAAGAACCCUGGCAGCCAGAAACGAUUUCCUAGCAAUCACGGACGGGAUGGAAAGUUCUUUCUGUGGGGACAGUCCCUUUAUAUUAUUGCAAAACUUCUUGCUGAUGGUUUAGUCAGCAUCAAAGAUAUUGACCCUGUGAAGCGCUACAUCCCUCCCCAGGAUCAGAGGAAUGUGAGCAUGAGAUAUUCAAAUCAGGGUCCGCUGGAAAAUGACCUAGUGGUCCAUGUUGCAUUGAUUGCUGAAAGCCAACGUCUACAAGUUUUCCUGAACACAUAUGGAAUCCAAACCCAGACACCCCAGCAGGUCGAACCCAUCCAGAUAUGGGCACAGCAGGAGCUUGUCAAAGCUUACUUCCAUCUUGGGAUCAAUGACAAACUGGGACUCUCAGGAAGACCUGACCGACCAAUUGGAUGCCUUGGAACAUCAAAGAUUUAUCGAAUAUUGGGCAAAACAGUGGUUUGCUACCCAAUUAUCUUUGAUCUGAGUGAUUUCUACAUGUCCCAAGAUGUUAUGAUGCUGAUCGAUGAUAUUAAGAACACUUUGCAGUUCAUUAAACAGUACUGGAAAAUGCACGGCCGCCCCUUGUUCCUUGUUCUGAUUCGGGAAGAUAAUAUCAGGGGGAGCAGAUUCAACCCAAUACUUGACAUGCUUGCCGACUUCAGGAAAGGUGUUGUUGGGGGAGUGAAAGUGCACGUGGACAGGCUGCAGACAUUGAUUUCGGAUGCAGUGGUUGAUCAGCUGGACUUCUUAAGAAUCACCGAAACAGAAGAGCCUCCAGAAUUUAAGAGUUUUGAGGAGCUCGAUCUUCCAAAACACUCAAAGGUCAAGAGGCAAACCAGCACACCAAAUGUAACCGAAUUAGAACAACAGCCAGAUAUCAAUGCAAAUGAUUGGAAAAACAGGCCGACUUAUGAGAUUCUUCAGAAGCUAAAUGACUGCAAUUGCCUCGCGAGCCAAGCGAUUCUGCUGAACAUUUUACUCAAACGGGAAGGCCCCCAUUUCAUCACCAAGGAAGGUACCGUCUCUGAUCAUAUUGAACGAAUAUAUCGAAAAGCUGGCAGCAAAAAGCUCUGGUCUGUUGUACGCUUCGCAGCGAGUCAUUUAUGUAAACUAGUGGACAGCCUUGCACCGUCUAUUACUAAUGUUUUAGUUCAGGGCAAACAGGUGACUCUUGGGGCAUUUGGCCAGGAAGAAGAAAUUAUAUCUAAUCCCGUGUCUCCCGGCGCAAUUAAGGACAUCAUCUACAACAAGUGCAAUUUGCAGGACGAGAGGGAAGCUGUUCUCCAGCAAGAGCUUGUCAUUCAUAUUGGCUGGAUCAUCUCCAACUCCCCUGAAUUAUUUAAUGGCAUGCUGAAGAUACGAGUAGGAUGGAUUGUGCACGCCAUGAAGUACGAACUGCAGAUCCGUGCAGGGGAGAUGCCCCCCAUGGAUUUAUAUCAGCUGUCUCCCAGUGAGGUGAAGCAGCUUCUCUUGGAUAUUCUCCAGCCGCAGCAGCAAGGAAGAUGCUGGUUGAAUAGGCGUCAGAUUGAUGGCUCCCUGAACCGAACACCAAGUGGAUUUUAUGACCGAGUGUGGCAAAUCUUGGAGAGGACCCCCAAUGGUUUAAUAGUAGCUGGGAAUUUUUUGCCUCAGCAACCAACCUUGUCCGACAUGACGAUGUAUGAAAUGAAUUUUUCCCUCCUGGUUGAGGACAUGUUAAAGAAUAUCGAUCAGCCUGAAUACAGGCAAAUAAUUGUAGAGCUCUUGAUGGUUGUCUCUCUCAUUCUGGAAAGAAACCCUGAAUUAGAGUUUCAGGAUAAAGUGGAUCUGGAUAAGCUGAUGAAAGAAGCCUUCCAUGAUUUCCAGAAGGACCAGAGCCUACUCAAGGGCACUGAGAAACAGGAUGACAUGACUUCCUUUUACAACACUCCUCCGCUGGGAAAAAGGGGAACCUGCAGCUAUUUAACAAAAGUGGUGAUGAAUUUAUUGCUGGAAGGUGAAGUCAAGCCCACCGCAGAUGACCCUUGUUCUAUCAGUUAAAGGAAGUAGAGCCAAAUUGCUUUGGUUAAAGUGUUUGUUGGGUUUUGGAAUUGCUUAGCUUGUUAUUCAAUGAACUUAUUUGCUCUCUGUUUAAUUUCUCAUAGGAAAUUGCAGGAGACCAUUUACGCUAUGGUUGCAGUGGCAUGCUCACAUGCUUAGGAUAGCAGACCACAUAUCUGAUUCUGGGGCAGCUAAACAGCAUAUUUAAUCCAGAAAUGUUUUUCCUCCAUAUCUCUCUAAUAGCAACCUGUGCUUUCCCACCCAAGCCCUGCAGUCACACACAGACUGAGCAAAUGCAUGAAAUACAAUAUAUAUAUAGUUCAUAUGAUUGAGAAUCCAAAUAGUUCUGGAAAAUUAAUAGGGUUUGUAUUUAUAAUUUAAUCAUUGGCAGGGAAUGAUUGGAGUGAUAUAUUUAUAUAUGUAAUUGUGAAUUAAAUGUGUAUUGUAACAUCUAUCAACUCUACGCCUUUCAUUUCGCAUUGUGACUCAUUAUUGAAAGGCAUCAUCAUGAAUACUGAAUGGGACUCGGGCUUGAAUGUAAAAAGAAUUAAUGAGCCCCAUGUUUGAAGUCGAGGUAUUUGUUAACUUUGAGAAGAUAACUGUCGCUUUGGGUUUGAGUGCUCCGUUGAAGCUUAAGGGAAAAAUAAAAACUGCUACACUAAAUCUA